GUAACAUUCCAGAAGGUCAGUUCCUCUCUGUCGUCUCCUUUUUUCUCCAACCAAAUUUCAAAAUUUCAAACCCUAAAUUAAGUUGCGAUCUAGUUUUCUCUGCUCUUCCUUUACAGGUUCCGGAAUAUACCGCAGUGUUUGAAGGUUCUAUAUUCUUUCCCUCAUUUCUCUUCCUCAAUUUACUGAUUCUGCUGCGCCUUUUUUUUUUUUUUUGAAUUAUGAUGAACUGAAUUUACGCCCCUGAUUACUAUUAAUCUUCCGAAUUUCUUAAUUUUAUAUCUGUUGGAAUUUCCAGUUUAAUUUCCUUACGUUCUGGAACUAUUUGCAGCGAGCGAUACUGUUUCAAUUUGAGAUGGAAACCGAAGAAUUAGGCCAGAAAAGCAAACGCUUGAAAUCUUCGAACGAACAGUUAGAGUUGGUUGUGCACGGUGCCGAUGAUGCAGCCUUAGUAAAGAGUCGAGAGGAAGAGAUUGAUGAGAUUGGCGUUGGAUCUGAAGAAACCUCAGCUGAGAUCGCUCGCAUCUAUGAACAGAUCCAAAGCUUUACUAACAUGGUGUGUGAUCUGCUGGAAUCAGGAAAGUCUAUGCUGAAGGAUCUGAGCAACGAGUUUGAAGAGAGAAUGAUUUCAAUACACAAGGAACAUAUUCAGAAGUGGGAAGAGGAGAUUCAAACAAUUCGCCUUGUUGAUGCCUCGAAUGCACAGGAAAGUGCUGUUUUGCAAAAUGCUAAAGCCAUGCUUCAAAAUGUUUGUGGUGAAUCCUGAAGGCUUUGUUGUCGAAGUUGAGUAACUCAUUGCCUACGGAAAUCUUUGAUCUACUGUUGAUAGGUUACUUUUGUGGAUUGCCUUCUGAAAUUCCCUGAUCAUACUUGUACAUGAAUUUAUAGGUGGAUUAAAUGUUUACUUAUGGCUACUACCUAAACUACAAGUGAUGUUGAUUCCAUGCAAUGCUUCUGUUUUGCUUUCAUGGAUGCACGUGGUGACUCUGAUAUGUUGUACCUCUGGUUCAAUGAUUUUGUCGUGGA